AUGGAGAUGGGGAAUUACUCAGUGGUGACCGAAUUCUUUCUGGUGGGACUUUCCAAAUACCCAGUGCUCCAGCUUUUUCUGUUCAUAUUCUGCCUCAUCAUGUAUGUGAUAAUCCUCCUGGGAAACAGUCUCCUCAUUAUCAUUAGCAUACUGGAUUCUCACCUCCACACCCCCAUGUACUUCUUCCUUGGGAACCUCUCAUUCCUGGACAUCUGUUACACAUCCUCUUUCAUUCCUAUGAUGCUCAUCAUAUUUAGCUCUUAGACAAAAUCCAUCUCCUUCAUUGGCUGUGCUCUGCAGAUGGCUGUCCUUGGGUUGGGUUGCACUGAGUGUGUCCUCUUGGCUAUGAUGGCCUAUGAUCGGUAUGUGGCCAUCUGCAACCCACUGAGGUACCCCAUCAUCAUGAACAGAGUGCUUUAUGUGCACAUGGCUGCUUGGUCCUGGAUCAUAGGCUGUCUGAAUUCCUUAGUGCAAACAGUCCUAAUAAUGGUGUUGCCUUUCUGUGGGAAUAAUGUCAUUGACCAUCUUAUCUGUGAGGUACUGCCCCUUCUUAAACUCAUCUGCUCAGAUAUCACCGUCAACGUGCUUAUUAUGACAAUGGCAAGUAUUGUUUUCUUAGUGAUUCUACUACUGUUAAUUUUUAUUCCCUAUGUUUUCAUUCUCUCUACCAUCCUGAGACUUAACUCUGCUGAGCAGAGAAAGAAAGCCUUUUCAACCUGUUCAGCCCACCUUGCUGUAGUAGUUUUAUUCUAUGAUUUAGCCCUUUUUAUGUACAUGAAGCCUAAGUCAAAGGACACAAAGACAUUUGAUGAGAUCAUUGGGUUAACUUAUGGAGUGGUAACCCCAAUGUUGAAUCCCAUCAUCUACAGCCUGAGGAAUAAGGAGGUGAAAGGGGCUGUGAAGAAAGUCUUGAGUAGAUACUUACACUCAAGGAAAAUAUGA